GUGCCACUACUUGUUCCUGGAGCUCUACAGCUUUGGCCUUGGCACCUGGCUUGCUUGGUUUGGCCCUGCCAUCAUUAGACUCUAUGAGGAGAAGAAUGGCAUCCAGCAGCACGACCUGGACUUCGACUUCCCGCCAGAUGAUGAGGAGUGGGAACAAGAAGAACCAUGGACCAGCUGGGGCUACGAAGAUGAGGAGACUCAGACCUCACCUGUGGGCUCCACCCAUGCAGCUGCUGCUGAUAGUGGUUCGCCUCACGGGAACUAUGCACGUGCGACUACAUCAUCGUCACCUUCGAGGCAUUCGGCUGGAGUUCAAUGGGACCUUCCUGGUGUCACGGAGUUGAGCCUAGCUGACAGCUUCGUCCUUGGUGUCCUACGUGGCUUCCGUCUCUUGCAGGCCUCUGGACUGUCACCAGACGACAUGCGAGACAUCAUCAGCACAACCAAGGGCAGCCUCGAGUUCGAGGUUGUCACCAAGGCACUGCAGACUCUCUGGGACGACCAAUUGGUUGGACGUCGCCAUGCUGGUGGUUGGUCUCCCUCCAAGACCCAUGAGGCCAUGUUUGAAGAAGCAACCUCACCGUCUGAUGAUUGGUGGGAUGACGCCAACGUGGCCCAGUAUGAUGACAACUAUGAUGACUGGUGGCAAGAUGAUGAAGAAUGGGGCUAUGCCAUCGAGGAGCACGAGGGCACGAAGGCUUCUGAGGAAGAUGAUGAUGCGAUAAAGGAGGCCCAGAAGGCAGAGCAGAUUGCUGAGGGCUUGGCAAUGGAAGCCCAACGCUCAUGGGCUGAAGCUCAACGUGCCACUCAGGCACUUCGAAAAGAUCGCGGGUUUGGACAUUUGAUUGGAGGAGGCAAGGGGUCUUCUCCUGCCAGGUGCUGGACCUGCGGCGGCCCGCAUUUCUCCCGAGACUGUCCCGAUCGACGGCAUCCCUCUGUUGGCAAAGGCAAGGGCUGGAAGGGUCACUACAUGACUGACGAGCUCUACUACAUGAAGGGGAAGGGCAAGAAAGGCAAAACUGCCUCAUGGAUGGAACUUCAAGCCUUCCAGAAAGGCAAAUCCUCCAAGUCCGGCAAGGGCAAAAAGGGGACCGGGGACCAUGUCACGACCUUCCGUCAAUGCCUACACCAACGAGCUUUUUGGUUUAGAAUUGCAGUCGAGGCCUUGGUCUCAUCCAUUUUGACCAAGGACAGUCAAGCGUCCGUGGAUCCAUACAAGAAUGCUCGUCCGUUCUUUCGUUUCGGCAACGGUGGAUGGGGUCGUGCACUUUAUCAAGUGGUUCUCACGAGCACUGUCACCGGAAGUGCUCGUACCUUCAAGUUGUUUGCAUUGCCAAAUCCCCCCAACUUACAUCACCCGGACUUUGACAGGAACACGUUGGUGCCCAUUCUCAUUGGCAUGGACCACUUGUCAGGUAACCCUUCGGCCAUGUUGCCCUGGCUUCAAUGCAUCGCUGCGGAGAAGCUGAUUCCAAUUCGCUUCCCGCUUCCCCAGCUUCGACUCUCGACCAUGGCCCGACGAGCUCCACGUGCCAGCGAGCUGGAGGAAGAGGGGAUCCGAUACACUCCACGAGUGGGCUCACAUGGUCAAAACACCAAGACCGACAGUCCACCCUUGACGGUCAAGAUGCUCACACAGCUGUACGAGGUGAUGGGAGGGCGCACACCGACGGCCACGAUCUGCCUCCUGAUGCAGAAGAAGAUCGAUGCCGACGAGGCUCUGCAGGGAAUGGUCGAACCGGUGUUCCAACGAGUGCCCCAGCUGAGCGAGAAGCCUCCCUUCUACGACAAGGAGAUGAUCAAGGUCAAGAAGGGCAACAAGAAGAGCAGCCGCGACACGAGCCCGGCUCCAUCAUGGGACAAGGUGGGGACUCCUCCGACGUCACCACCUUCGCAUUGGGUCGAACUUCAGGACUACAUGGACCCGAGCGAGAUGGAGCAUUUGAUGAAGAUGCUUCAAGAGCGCAAGGCAGCAGCCAAGCAGGCUGUGGACAUGGAGACUGGAUCGGGGAGCCUGGCAUCUGCCUACGAGCAGGAAGCCAAGUCAUGCUACAGGCCCUUUGAAGAGCUCUAUGAUGAGCAGCCCUCGCACUUCAUCCCGGAAGAAAGUGACACAGGCUUCUCCGAGCACUACACCAUCUUCCAAGAGUGCUACUACCAGUUCAUCCAGUCCUUCUACCAAGAUGCCUAUGCCUCUGCCCUUGAAGAUCGGCGCUAA